AUGAACAGUCGAAUUUUCUUCGGUAUUCUACUUUUACCAAUAGCUUUUGUUCUUAACUCUCAUUUUCGUGGCGGGACAAUCACAUGGCGUCCGUUAAAUAAUACUCCAUUCGGUGGAACAGUUACGUUCCUCAUUCGACAGCGAUAUUCAUGGCGACGCAGUGCCGCAAUGUGUACCGAUGCAACUAUCGCCACUCUCGGCUAUAUUGGUGGUGCAUCACUAGUUGUCUGUGUUUCGGGUAGCUGCGGUUACUGGACUAAUAAUAUGUAUACAAACACACAUUGUACUGAUUUUAAUAUCAACCUUGAUGUCAGUUCCGGAGAAAAGUAUGAGGCACGUACGUACCCAAUAAAUAUUGGAUUGAGUAUUGGAUUUCUCUCUUGCUGUUGGUUUGCGGAUUUGACGAAGGGCGCUAACGGUCAGUGGAAUGUCAUCAAUCAAAUCAAUAGUAUUGUACGACCUGAUGGUUAUAUUAAUACGAGUCCAGUAGCUGUUACACUUCCGAUUAUCUAUAAAGAAACGUAUAUUCAGCAUGUGCACGUAGUUCAAAUGUCGGAUUUCGAUAGUGAUGUGUUGAAAUGUCGAUGGUCAGCAGCGUUCUCGAAUGUGAAUGGAUAUGAUGAAUGUGCGGAUGUAUGUUUAGGCGUGAGUGGUGCUCAGCUUUUGGAAGAAAAUUGUACAUUAGUAUUCACGCUAACCACAGCUGCAAUCUAUUCGGCAGUAGCAUUACAAAUCGAAGAUUUCUAUAAUAGUGCAGCAACGACACCGAUGAGUUCAGUGCCAUUACAAUUUCUUUUCUAUGGGUAUGGGAAUCCAGGUGGUUGUAGUACUCCGCCAGCGAUUAUAGGAAAUCGACCAAAUCGAGCUUGUAUUGGUACGCCCAUUGGUUCGAAUGUUACUGAAUAUGUAAUAGUGCAAGUUUACUGUGCUGGAAAAACUAUUAUUGAUUUUAUUACAAGUACACCAGUUGGAAUGACUAAAUCAACUAUUUUGAAUCCAAGUCCCGGCAUCUACGAACUCAUUCUCAGUUGGGUUCCAACAGCUGAUCAAUUGGGCCCACAAGGUUUUUGUGCCGGAGCGAUCGAUAAUACACAAAUUCAAUCGAAUCAAUGGUGUAUCACAUUCUUAGUUGGCUUCGAUUCACCUGAUAUUAUCCGACCAAAACUCGUUCAAGGCUCAGCUUCACCUAUUGGUACAAUCUUUCAAUACCAUAGUAUCUUCUCUAUACAAACUACUAGAUCAGUCAGUCGUCCAACACGUAACUAUACCUUUAUUUCCUUCUAUGAUUCAACUACGAAAACACUUGUUCAAAAAUUUGAUUGCGGGUGGGCACCGGAAGUGACUUAUACAGGUUUGACAACUGUUGUUAAGUUUACAAAUCCACCAUGGAUUCCUGGACAUUUCUACUAUGUUACUUUUGAUAGCGGUGUUGCAAGUGGAACAGACUUCUGUCAUCCUGAAUCAGCACCAGUAACCGAUCCAACGUUUUGGACAUUUAAUAUAUGGAAUCCGGCAGUUUCAUCGACAACAACAACUACUACUACACCAUUCACAACCGUAACAGUAACAACACGACUCACAUCAACUACUACAAUCAAUACUCUGUUAACUACAACUGGAAUUGUAGUGACUAGCACAAUUCCUUCUACAACAACGACAUCCACAACAAGCACUACAACGUCUGUAACCACUGCAACAACGACGACAAAAGUAACUGUAACUACACCAUCCACUGUUGCAGUCAUCUAUGCUACCAAUAUGGAAGAUCUUUGUAAACAACCAAUACUAAUUCUGACAGUGGCUGGCAUGGCAGUCAUAGCUCCUGUUCAUAUUCUGGUGAUGUCAGUAACAAUUCAACAAAAAGAUUUCUUUAAAAUAUUAACUUAUCGCAAUGUUUCUUUCGUUCGUGCUGAAUCACGAACUGACGCCGAAGCUGGUUCUGUUGCUUCAGGUAAUGAUGCUUUCAGCAAGAAAGAACAUGCUGAAGAAACACGUUGGGCACGUCGUCAUGAUGCUGAACAAAUCGCUAAAUAUCGAAGUGAACAUCCAGCUGGUGCAAAAGUGUCACCUCAACAACGUCUUGCUGAUCUCGAAAAUGAAAAACGUCGCAUUGAGCAAGAAAUUGCUGACCUCAAACGUCAACAACGUUAA